AUGACGUACCGAGGUUUUGGUUACGUGGUAGAUUCCUGUCCUCUCAAUAAGACAGAGUUUAUCACGGCUGCUACCAGACUGAACUGUAGUGUGGACAAGUAUGGACGUAGUCAGUAUACCUGUGUCCCUAACGAAGACAGAUCUGCUCUUGUGGAAUUCUGCUACAGGAAAAUUGUCGCGUUUUAUCAAAAGGGGCAUUGCUUGGUGACAACUGGGAAUGGAACCUUAGAUCAAAUCAGUUGUCAUCACUUUAUAACUGGUUGUCCAGAAGACAAUUUCCGUGGAACUGGCUUAUACAAAUUUUCAGCGUGCAGUAGAAUCAACACAGAAAAACAAUGUUUUUAUGCAGAUCCAUCAUGUCCUAACACGGCAAAAUUCAAUACUUUCGAUCCAAGUACAACAGUUGACUUUCUGAAUACCACAACCAAUACCACAAUGAAAAUGUUGACCAGACAGCUAUCAGUGCUGGAAGUGAAGAAUCGAGCGCUGUAGGAGUUAUCAUUGGAAUUAUUCUCUGUCUACUACUUAUUCUGUCCCUAGUUUUUGCCUUUACAUUCUGCAAAAGAAGGAAAUCAAAAA